AUGGCGGCGCCCAUGAAACGAGCAGCGUGGCUGUCUGCGGAAGGUGUUUUGGCAGAAAUAUUUGCUGACGAUGACUCUGAAUCAGAUCAAUUUAGCGAAAAUUCUGAUUCUGAUGAUCCCGAGUACGUGCGGAAGGAUGGUAAUGGUCAUGAAAGUGAAACUGACGGAAACAUUAGCGAUGAUUUGAGCAAUCACGUUGAUGUUGACGUAAAUGUUCAUCAUGGCCAAGGUGAUGGUCAGCCCGUAGGCGUAGGCGCUGCCAGUGUAGUAAAUAAUGCAAUGCUUGCAGCACCUGGUGGACCUGUUGCAAUGUCUGCAGCACCAGCUGUGCAUAGGCCUGGCCCUGCUGAUCCUGGUAAUGCUCCACAGCUGGCUCCAGCCUGUGGUAGACGAAAUCAGGACAGGAGAAAUCAAAAUCAUGUGGGGUACUGGACAAAUAUUGACAGACUUCCACAUGUGCAUCAGUUCACUGGCAUUCCAGGCAUAAAUAUGCAGCCCAAUGAUCCAGGGUGUUGCCUUCAUUGGUUGAAAAUGUUUCUCACGGAUGACCUUGUAAACAUUAUUGUGCUAGAAACAAAUAGAUAUGCUCAACAAUAUUUCCAGGAACAUCCCAAUCUGAAACAGUAUUCUUGCUGUUGCCGGUGGAAGGACUUGACAACAGAAAACUUUUGGCCGUUCAUGGCCUUACUGUUCAACACAGGAAUAGUGAAAAAGCCUGAGAUUCAGAUGUACUGGAGCACUGAUCAGAAAGUGGCGACUCCAUUUUAUUCAGAGACCAUGGCUAGGGAUAAAUUUCUUCUGAUUCUGAAGUUUCUUCUCUACAAGAUCCGUCCUGUUUAUGAUUACAUUAUAAACAGGUUCAAAGCUGUGUACACUCCUGAGGAAAAACUUUCCCUAGAUGAAGGGAUGCUCAAAUGGGAUUACCUGUGUGAGAUUUUGGGUCUAUAA